AUGUCAAAAGAUGAUGAGACAGAAGCAUAUGUAGUUUGGACAACAAUUCCUUUAUUAACUUGGAUGUUUCCUUUUGCUGGACAUGUAGGAAUUACUUAUUCUAAUGGAAAGUCAACAGAUUUUUUAGGGUCUAAUUUUGUAAAUAAAGGAAAACUUGGAUUUGGAAAACCAAUUUAUCGUUAUAAAAUUAAUCUAUCACCAGAACAGAUAGAGAAAUAUAAUAAAGCUAUUGAUAAAAAUGUUGAAAAGUACAAUAGAAAAAUGCAUACAUUAAUUGGGACAAAUUGUCAUUCAUAUGUUUGUGAUAUUCUAAAUGAUUGUGGUUAUUUAGAUGGAAAUUGGAAUCAAUUUAAAUUAGUAAGAAAUAUAUUAUUUAAUGGAGAGGCAAUUAAUAAAAAAGAUCUUUGGAAACAUUGGCUUCCUCCUUUUAUUAUUUAUGGUGGAUUAAUUUUAUUGUUAUGCUUAACAUUAUGA